AUGUACGAAGUUGACUUCGAUCUUCAAAUCUCAAAUCUACGUGAAGAAGCAUAUCUCAGUGUUGAAAACAUCGGUCGCGUACAAAUUUCACGUGUUGUCAUCUUGGAUGGCGUUCGUCAAUUACUAAUCAAUAGUUUCAUGCGUGAUCGUCUACAUCUCAAUGUUGAUAUCGGUCAUAUGUCGUUGUGUAACAUUGGGCCAGGCAAUUUAGAUUUCCUACUGAAUCCUAAUCUUUAUGAAUCAUUACAAGAUGUUGUUCUACGUCAAUAUCAAGGUGAUCAAUGGAAAGGCUACUACUAUGUCACGCCAAUAUUCGUACCAAAUCUUCCAUGGGAUAUUGUACUUGGAUCUAAUCAUUUUUAUCGACUCGGCGUAGAGUGGAAUAGUGAAAUGAAACAACUAGUACCAUUGACAACUCAGCGUCCUAUUUUUCGUCCGCGUGUCUUUCCAUCUAGAUACGAAAUAAGAACAACCCAAGACUUUCUUCGGCAAUUACUAUAA